CGAGCAGCUUCGUGCUGGAGACGUGGAGAAGGUUCGUUCGUUGGAGGAGCUGAACAACCUUGAGCGUGCGAUGAAAUGUCGUCUCAUGGACAAGGAGGAAGAGCUUGAGGAGUUGCGGAAAGCACAUGAGGAUGUUAAGGUUCGUGCCCUGAAUGAUGUGAAUGAGCUGAAUGACCGGGCGGAGCACAUGAACCGGCAUCUGGAGGAGCUGCGUGAAGAGAACGAGCAGUUGCGUGCCAGUAAUGAGCAGCUGCGUGCUGGGGACGUGGAGAAGGUUCGUUCGUUGGAGGAGCUGAAUGACCGGGCGGAGGAGAUGAACCGGCAGCUGGAGGAGCUGCGUGCUGAAAAUGAGCAGCUGCGUGCUCAGCUGGUUAUUGAUCGUUCCGUAGGUUUGGGUGAAAUUGUUUUGACGAAGCACCGUUGCUUGUUGAGUGGUCUUGGCUUAGGUGAGUUGUUUGUGGUUAAUGCGGAGGGUUUACGGAGUGCUGUUUUGCAGGAUGUGGCGCGGGCCACUUGUGUUUCACUCAAGGAUGUUAAUGUUGUGGAGUUUGGUGCGAAUGCUUCUUUUUGUGAGGUGGAAGUCGCUCAUGAAGCUCUUGUUUCGGGCGAGGAGAUUGCUCGGCGGUUGAGAGAAUGUCCUUUUUUAGCGGUGAGGCGUCUUCUUGACUUAGCUGUGGUGCCAGAGGAUGCACGAGACAGAGGGGGUGCUACAGCGGAGGUGUUGAGGGUACUUGAUGAUUUUGGAGUUGACUCACUGUUGAGUCUUGUAGUUGAAGAAUCCAUGUCCCGUUUGGUGCUUGAGCUGACGACGAUGUCGUUUCGGUUUGAGAGGGCUUUGGAGGGCAUUCGGUUUGUUUGUGCUUCCCAUCAGCGGCGUGAGCUUGAUUUGCUGGAGGAGCUGGAUGAGCGGGCUACAGAGUACACAGAUAUGCUGGAGAAGACGGAGGAGAUGAUGCAGCUGUUGGAGGAUGCGCGACAGGCAGAGUGCAGUGCUCGGAAUGCUCUAUUCAAGCGUGAAGAGGCGCUGUUGGAGUUGGAACGACGCCGGGAUAUUGAAGUGCGUGACCUCGAAAAUAUGACGCACGCCCACCGCAAUCUGCUCCAGACGAUGCGGCAGUCGCAGGGACUGCUGGCCACCAAUAACAUGGCAGGCUUGUUAAGCGAGGCCGACUGUGUGCCGGACCUUCAACGACAGGCCGCACUCCUAGAGCAGGAGAACGGCGCACUGCGACAGGAGAUGGCGCGGCGUGCGGUGGCGCAUCGAGAAGCGAUGGAGGUUCUGAACAACAAGGUUGUCACCCUCAUGGAGGAGCUCGAGGUGAAGGGAGUGGAGUAUACUGAAACACUUGCAAAGCUUGAGGAGUUUGUUGGCUUGCUGGAGGCAUCACGUGCCGCUGAGAAGGCGGCGUUGAUGGCGUUGGAGAGGCGGGAACAGGAACUGUUUGAGUUGCAGGCUGCACAUGAUGAGGAAAUGAGGGAACUGGAAGGCGCCAUGAAGCAGCUCAAUGUACUUUCCCCGCCGCAGCAGGAGAGCCGUGAAGAAGCCCGUGCGGCGGAAGCGCCACCAGACACCGCCCGGGAGAGCGGUAACGCAAAUGUUGUACGUUCGAUGCGACAGCAGCUGGAGCGGCUGAAGCGUGAGAAGGAGGCCCUUGCCAUGGAGCUUGAAGUGAAGGGACGACAGCACGACGACGCGAUGGAUGUGCUCAACCGAAAUAUUGGCGAGUUAAUGGGCGAGCUUGACUCCCGCAUACGUGGGUGUCAGGUGUCGGCGACGAGCGCGAAGGAACUACUGCGCGAUAUUGCCCUGCUGCGCUCCGCCGAGGAGGAAGAUGAGGAGUACAAUGAGGGUGAUUAA